AUGCCUUUAACAUCAGUUAAACCAAGAUGUUUAUUACCAUUAGCAAAUGUUCCAUUGAUUGAAUAUACUUUGGAAUUUUUAGCAAAAGCUGGUGUUGAUGAAGUCUAUUUAAUGUGUUGCUCCCAUGCUGAUCAAAUUCAAGAAUAUAUCGAAAAUUCAAAAUGGAAUUUACCUUGGGCACCAUUUAAAAUUCAAACCAUAAUGACAUUAGAAUCAAGAUCUGUUGGUGAUGCCAUGAGAGAUUUAGAUAAUAGAGGUUUAAUUACUGGUGAUUUUUUAUUAGUCUCAGGUGAUGUUGUCACUAAUAUUCAAUUUGAUAAAGUUAUGGAAGUUCAUAAGGCUAGAAAAGCUUUAGAUAGGGAUCAUAUUGCUACAAUGGUCUUAACUCAAGCAAGUGCAUUACAUAGAACUAGGUCUCAUGCCGAACCUGCCUCUUUUAUAUUGGAUAAAAACACAAACAGAUGUGUAUAUUAUCAAGAUAUACCGCCUGCAGAUGGUAAAAAAUCUGCCAUUCAAAUCGAUCCUGAAUUAUUAGAAGAUGUUGAUGAAUUUGUUAUUAGAAAUGAUUUGAUUGAUUGUCAUGUUGAUAUUUGUUCACCUCAUGUUCCUGCAAUUUUCCAAGAAAAUUUUGAUUAUCAAUAUUUAAGAAAAGAUUUUGUUAAAGGUAUAUUAUCUUCAGAUAUUUUGAAGAAAACAAUCUAUGCAUAUAUUACUGAUGAUUAUGCUGCAAGAGUGGAAAGUUGGCAAACUUAUGAUGCAAUUUCACAAGAUAUAUUGGCUAGAUGGUGUUAUCCAAUCUGUCCGGAUUCUAAUUUUUUGGAGAAUCAAUCAUAUUCUUAUGAAGGUAAACAUGUUUAUAAAGAGAAUGAUGUUGUGUUGGCACAAUCUUGUAAGAUUGGAUCAUGUACUGCUAUUGGUUCAAACACCAUUAUCGGUGAUGGUACUUUGAUUGAGAAUUCAGUUAUUGGUAGAAACUGUAAGAUUGGUAAUAACAUUCAUAUUAAAAACAGUUAUAUUUGGGAUAACUCUACAAUUGAAGAUAACUCUACAAUUGAUUUUUCCAUCGUGGCUAGUGGUUCCAAGAUUGGUCAAAAUACUAAAUUAGAUAAAGGUUCAGUUAUUGGGUUUGAUGUUAUGAUUUCAGAAAACCAAACAGUUGAUAAAGAUGUUAGAAUUUCGUCUAAACCAGUCAAGCAUGCCAAUAGAAGUUUUGUCAAUUCAUCUGAAGAUGAGGAUGAAGAUGAAGACUCUGGAGAAUCAGAAGUUGACAACAGUUUUGAUACAUCGGUUGUUGGGAACGCUGGUGUUGGUUAUGUUUACGAAUCUGAUAGUUCAGAUUAUGAGGAUGAUUCAGCUAAACCGGUUAGUUCAUUGAUGUACAGCAUGGGAGAAUUAACAUUAUCAGAUGAUUCCAUUGCAUCAAUUAACCAAAUUGCAGUUAAACAGAAAAAGAAGAGAACUUAUUCAACAACUAGUGUUGCAACUGAUUUUGAAGAGGAAAAUUUCGAAAAAGAAGCUAUUGCCACUGUGGAGCGUGCUAUGGAUAACAAUCAUGAUUUAGAUACUGCUUUAUUAGAAUUGAACACAUUAAGAAUGAGUCUGAAUGUUACUUAUCAUGAAGUUAGAUUUUCCACUUCAAGUGCAUUGAUUGAUAGAGUUUGUCAUUUUGUUGAAACAAAGACAUUACACACUAAAGAGGCUACUGAUAAAAUUUUCAAGCAAUGGGGUCCAUUAUUUAAAAGACAAGUUUUUGACCAAGAAGAAGAGAUUGAUUUAUUAAAGAUAUUACAAGAAUUAACAUCAUUGAAACCUCAAGGGAAACAGAUUUUGUUAUACAUAAUAAGUAUUUUGUAUGAUUUAGAAAUUUGA